UUUAAUAAGUUCAUGCAAAUAUCUGCACACGGAUGUUACAAAUUAAUAUGUUGUUGAAAUAUUAUUCCGUCGUGGUACUUUGUCUUUCCGUCGUCAACGGAGAACCGGAAGAACCUAAAUGUUUUUCGAGGUUUGACUAUGACGAGAAAAUGUUAAUGAAACUGUUAAGAUUUGAAGACAAAGUUCAGAAAUUCGAGGAUUUUAUAAACGGAGUGAAGGCGCGAGAAGUCAAUGAAAAAGAGGAACGCGAUGAAUUGUUUGCAGCAGAAUUACAGAAAGUUGAAGAGUUUAAUAACGGAGCAAAGGUGCGAGAAGUCAAGGAAAAAGAGGAACGCGAUAAAAUAUUUGCUGCAGAAUUAGAGAAAGUUAAAGAGUUUAAUAACGGAGCAAAGGCGCGAGAAGCCAAGGAAAAAGAGGAACGCGAUAAAUUGUUUGCUGCAGAAUUAGAGAAAGUUAAAAAGUUUAAUAAUGAAGCAAAGGCACUAGAAGCCAAGGAAAAAGAGGCACGCAAUAAAUUGUUUGCUGCAGAGUUAGAGAAAGUAAAAAACUUUCAGAGGCUUAUAAAUGAAGUAAAGACAAGAGGAGAAAAGGAAAUAGAGGAACGUUCUAAGUUGUUUCUCGCAGAGUUGAAGAAAUACAAACAAGUGAAUGCGAAAGAAGUUGAACGACAGAAAAAUGUCACGUCAGAAAUGCUCGAAAGUGUGGCGAAUUCUAAGAUGGAGUUUGAAAACGUUCAUAAACAGAUAAAUGAGAGAGUGAAAGGGAAGGUUGUGGCUUUCACGGGGACAGCACCUAAGAUGGGUACUACAUCAAGAUCAAUGUCUUUUACAACUGUCAUUACAAACGUAGGGAACGCGUUUGAUACAUAGACCGGCAAGUUCACAUGUCCUGUAAGCGGGCUCUACUACUUUUCUUUACACAUCAUCAAAAAACGGUCAUCCAGUGUCGACCAGGCCGGAUGUUACAUUGAUCUGAACGGAUUAAAUAAAGUGAGAGCUCACAUAGAUCCACAGGACGGGGCUAAUGGUGCUGACAGCGGGAGUUACGGGGUUUCAACGUCGGUGUAUUUUAAUCUGAAGGUUGGAGAUGUAGUGACCAUACAGAGCUGUUACGGUACAGUACCAAACAAUGUAGAUCCAUGGACGUCAUUUAGUGGU